UUUAGCGCGAACCAAAAUUGAAAUAGUUGAGGAGUUAACAUAACAGUCUACUGCCGAAUUGGUCUUUGAAGUAGUGACUUUCAUCCUCUGCUGUUUACAAACUUAUAAUAACGUAUUCAUUCUACUUUAAUAUUAUUUAAAAUGCUGGAAUGGUUUAAAAUAACUCUUAUACUUUGCGCUUUUGGGACAUUACGUGAGAUUAGGCCAUCCGAACCCUUCGUUACAGAAUUUUUAAGUGGAGAAUGGCGAAAUGUAACCUCCGAGCAGUUGUUUCGUGAUGUUUACCCAGUAGGAACUUAUUCGUAUAUGGCAGUCCUAAUAGUGAUAUUUUUAAUAACAGAUUUUCUGCGAUUCAAACCCGUGAUAAUUUUGUCAGGGCUGUGUGGAAUAUCAAUCUAUGCUAUACUGCUAUGGACUACAAGCAUAGAAUGGUUGUUCGUGAGCCAAUUCUUGUAUGGAUUAUAUAUGGCUACUGAAGUCGCAUAUUACACAUAUAUGUAUGCAAAGGUGGAGACGUCGAAGUACGCGCGGGUGACGUCGCUGACGCGCGUGGCGGCGCUGACCGGCCGCUUCCUGUCCGGCGUCACCGCGCAGCUGCUCACGCACCUGCACCUCAUGGACUUCCGAGACCUCAACUACAUAACAUUCUCUUCUCAGAUACUGGCCACUAUAUGGGCAUUUUGGUUGCCCUCCGUUGACUUCGGGAUCUACUUCCACCGGCGCUCCUCUAUCAUAAGCAACUUUCAGGAGAAUCUCCACCCGCCUAAGGAUCUCAUUUCACCAAAAGCUAAGCAGAAGCAGGCGCUGACGGCGAACGUGUGUAGGGCGGCGCGGCUGGUGUGGCGGCACGCGCGCGCCGCGUACUCGCGCCCGCGCGUGCUCGCCUGGUCGGCGCUGUACGCCGCCGCGCUCGCGCUCUUCACGCACGCGCAGUACUACAUGCAGGUGCUCUGGCAGCAGAUCCAGCAGCACGACGAACACAAGAUGGAUUACAACGGGGCGGUGGAAGCGGCGACGACGCUGGCGGGCGCGGCGGGCGCGCUGGCGGCGGCGAGCGCGGAGCGGCGCGCGCUGCCCGCCGCCGCCGCCGCCGCGCAGGCCGCCGCCGCGCUGCUCCCCGCCUACCUGCCCGACAUCUACCUGGCCUACGCCUGCUACGUGCUGCUCGGCACGCUCUUCCACUUCACCAUCACCAUGGCCAGUACUAAAAUAGCGAGUCAGCUGAGCGACGAGAGCUGUUUCGGGCUGAUCUUCGGCAUCAACAUGUUCUCGGGCGCGGUGCUGCAGUCGCUGCUGACGCUGGUGCUGAACCAGGCGCUGGCGCUGCGGGCGGACGCGAUGUACGCGGCGCUCGGCGCGCUCUACCUGCUGCUGGCGGCCGGCUGGCUGCUGGGCUGGGCCGCGCACGCCUGCCGCCAGAAUAAGGCCGCCGCCGACCACUAG